AUGGAUCAAAACAUACUACAUAAUUCAAAUAAUGCAGUAGCAUAUUUAUGUCAUUUUGAUCAAGAUUGUAAAGACUUUCGCGAAGAAAGUUUGACUAUUCUUGAGCAAAAAGUUAUAUACGGGAAGCUACAUAGUGCAUAUAAGAAGGCUCUUCAUAAAGCACUGCAAACUAAUUCUAAAUCAAAACAGCUUAUCACUUUACUUCAAGAUUUUAUUGAAGAGGAUAGCAAUGAUGAAUCCGAUUCAGAAGAAGGUUUACAAAAUGGUGAUAAUGAUAAAAUUAAUAAUACUGCA